UCUGACCUAUGGAAAAUGCCAAGAGACCAAGAGAGGGGAGAGAUGGGGCUGGGGGCCGUGCCUGGGAGGCAGGCGGCGUUCCGAGAGGGGCUGGAGAAGGCGGUGCUGUACGCCAAGGCUCUAGGCUGCCCCAGGAUCCACCUGAUGGCUGGCCGAGUACCCCAGGGGGCUGAUCGAGCAACAGUUAGCGGGGAGAUGGAGACAGUUUUCUUGGAGAACCUGAGGCAUGCAGCUGGGGUUUUAGCUCAGGAGAACCUCGUGGGACUGCUGGAGCCCAUCAACACCCGUGUCACUGACCCCCGGUACUUCCUGGACACACCCCAGCAGGGUAAGACCCCAGCCCCAUCUCCUCCUGUCCCUCUUGGUUCUUGUGCUCUCCUGGUCUCACGGCCCCGUGGCUUCUCCCCAGCGGCAGCCAUCUUACAGAAAGUUGGAAGACCCAACCUCCAAUUACAAAUGGAUCUAUUCCACUGGCAGAUCAUGGAUGGGAACCUGACGGGAAACAUCCGGGAGUUCUUGCCCAUUGUUGGUGAGGGGGCUCCCUUCCUUUUGCUUGCUGGUCUGCUGUGCUUCCUCCUACACUUUAAGCCCCCACUGUCCUUCAGGCCUCAGCAGGAGCCUUGCCCCUGUCUCCCCACAUCUGUCCCCAGGGCAUGUGCAGAUAGCACAGGUCCCAGGCCGAGGGGAGCCUGGCAGCCCUGGAGAGCUGUGCUUCCCCUACCUAUUCCAGCUGCUGGAAGAUGAAGGCUACCAAGGCUUUGUGGGCUGCGAGUAUCGGCCUCAAGGAGACACCGUAGAGGGGCUGAGUUGGCUCCGUUCAUAUUGUGAUAGGCGGGGCUGCCCAUGGGCUGGAGAGUGAGGUCCUGUACACCAACC